UGGAAAGACCAUUAUCACCUAGGUAAUGCGAUAUGCCGCACAACGGACAAAUGAUGAGGGGGUGGAACUGCAGAUGCUGUUGGACCUGUUGAGUUUCUCCAGCACCUUUAAGGUGACUGGCAAAAUAAUUGAAGAGAAAGUUUUUGUAAACUGGUUGGCAUCAGGAACAUGUUACCUUGUUAGCUAAUGGAGGCAGCUACCCCCAUCACGGAAGUGUGGCCUGCUACCAGGAAUCUAGCUGUAAGAAGUUUUCUGCACUUGAUUAACACCAAGCUGUUUCCCAGUCCUUGCCAACACAGCAGUUGCCCAAACCAUGCACGUGUAAGAGCAAAACAGAAAUAUGGGGAUUAUCCAACUAUUAUGUGUAGUCACCGGCUGAGGGAAAACUAAGGACUGCUUGACAAGCAGGGUGCAGAAUGUACAAGAGGAAUGGCCUCAUGGCCAAUCUGAGGGUCACGUCAGCUACGCCAGAGGCCAGCAGCAGCUCUGACUCUCUCGAUGGGCAGUAUUCAGACUAUGCUAUGAAAAGUUAUGAUGCGGUUGUAUUUGACGUACUCAAAGUGACCCCUGAAGAGUUUGCAAGCCAGAUUACUUUAAUGGACGUCCCAGUAUUUAAAGCAAUCCAACCUGAGGAACUGACCAGUUGCGGGUGGAACAAGAAAGACAAACACAUCCUGGCACCAAAUAUCGUUGCAUUUACCAGGAGGUUCAACCAGGUCAGUUUCUGGGUUGUCCGAGAGAUCCUUACUGCUCAGACAUUGAAAAUAAGAGCUGAAAUAUUGAGCCAUUUUAUAAAACUUGCUAAGAAAUUACUGGAGCUAAACAAUCUUCAUUCUCUCAUGGCUGUGGUCUCUGGUCUGCAGAGUGCGCCAAUCUUCCGGCUUUCCAAAACAUGGGCACUGGUCAGCCGGAAAGACAAAGCCACAUUUGAGAAGCUGGAUUACUUAGUGACAAAAGAAGACAACUACAAGAGAAUGCGGGAGUUCAUCAACAGCUUGAGGAUGGUUCCCUGCAUCCCGUACUUGGGGAUUUACCUGUUGGAUUUGAUCUACAUUGACUCUGCAUAUCCAGCGUCGGACAGCAUCAUGGAGAAUGAACAGAGGUCGAACCAGAUGAACAACAUUUUGAGGAUCAUUUCAGAUUUACAAGAUUCAUUCAACUGUGACUAUCUGGUGACGUUACCCCAUGUGCAAAACUACUUGAAAUCCGUGCGGUAUAUCGAGGAGCUGCAGAAAUUUGUGGAAGAGGACAAUUACAAGUUAUCCUUGAAGAUAGAAGCGGGAAAUAGUUCUCCCCGCCUGGUCUCUUCCAGAGAGGAGCUUGCAGUUCCCUGUUCAUUGAAAGUGGCUACACAGGUCAAUAAGAAGGCUGGAAGCAGCAGGAGCAGACUUCAAAUGAACUGUAACUGUGGGAACAUAAGGAACCAGGCCACAGUUUAUCAAAGGACCUCAAUAUCCAGCACAGCAGUGUUUACAUCACCUGGUGGUCCCUCCGAGGUUUCGGCGUCAGUGAGGUACAGCCGGAGACCCACGUGUCCUGAUGCCUCCUUCUCGGGGGGCCUCAGCACCCCUCCGGUGCCCCGGCAUAGGAAGAGCCACAGCCUGGGAAACAAUGUCAUGUGCCAGCUGAGUGUGGUGGAAAGCAGAAGCGCAACGUUCCCGACCGAACGACCGCGGCAUCUCCUGGACGACAGCGUGCUGGAAAGUCACAGUCCGGCCAAGAACCAGGACACUUCCAUUUUCUCCAACGGCGUGUCGAUUGGGAGCAGUGAAAGUUCUGAGUUCAGUGAGGAGCUGUCUUCCGGAUUAGAGAGGAAUCGUUUGUAUGCAACGCUAGGCCCGAACUGGCGGGUUUCUGUAAGGAAUUCCCCAAGGAACCGAUGCAGUAUUAACAGUCCAACAGACCCCCGCAGCUACCACUUAAGUGGUACCAAUGGAGCCAUCACUAUGGAAGGACCACUGAGGAGGAAAACGCUGCUGAAGGAAGGCAAGAAGCCAGCAUUGUCGUCAUGGACCCGCUACUGGCUCAUUCUCUCGGGAUCUCUUCUGCUGUACUACAGUGCAAAGUCACUGAGACCCUCUGAGAGGAAACACUUCAAGUCAGCCCCCAGUAAGAAGAUGUCGGUAGCAGGAUGGAUGGUGGUUCUGCCCGACGACCCAGAGCACCCGGAUAUCUUCCAGCUGAGUGACCCGGAUAAAGGAAAUGUUUACAAGUUCCAGACCAGCUCACGGUUUCACGCAAUCCUGUGGCACAAACACUUGGAUGAUGCUUGCAAGAGCAACAGACCACAGAUACCCGCCAACCUCAUGUCGUUUGAGUGAACAUUUGAAGACAGCACAUGAGAUGUGAUCAAAAGUGCCAACCCAAGCAAUGGGAAAUCAAGCUAUUCAAUGGAUUAAUAACAAGGAAAAAGUGAAGAAAAAAAUCUUUACACAGAGUUAUUUGUUCAUCAACUGCCAGCAUUGAAUACCGAAGCACUUUUUUUUGGACACUCUUAUUACAUGACCAACCCCCCCCCCCAAAAAAAAAUGAUUUUGGUAGGUUUUUGGGGAAAAAAAGGAAGUGAUUGUCUGAUCCAAAUUCAUGGUGUUGGCUGCAGAGAUUAGGCAGAGCUUUGGCUACAAACUACUUCACGAAGAGGGCAGUUAGUGACCAAGGAACAGUGUGUAAUGACUGCUGCCCAAAACAUUUUUUUUAAAUGUUUGGUUUUUAUUAUUAAGCUGCUUUAUCGUGAACAACUUUUUAGCCCAUGUUGGGUAUUAACUUUCUUAUGCACUAAACAAGAAACUACUGACAGUAUUAGUAGGCUGCAUUGAGUAGCAUUUAGGGAAAUAAAUCAGUGAGUGAGGAUUUUUUUUUUAAAUGAAAUGCACUGAAUUGUUUGGCGGACUUGGCAACUGCCUCUGCAUUGGUGAUCAGUAUGUGUGUUGUUCUUGCAUUUCUAGCCUGGUGAACUCAUUGUGAUAUUCAAGCAAACCCAACAGUUUUAAGCCCAUUCCACCCCACCCCAACCUUAUGACAUUGCUUCCAAAUGUAUCUGACCUUACCUGGCAGUAUUCCAAAGAAGAUUGGUUGGAGUUCUGGCCCAGGCAUCUUUCCAGAGGUUUGGAAGGGGUGGAUCAGAACAGCAAGGAGAAUGAAGGUUCAAUUUGGCCCUGUAACCCCGAUCCAGCAACUUCAACACAUCCUGUACCGCACUGGGUUUCCGUGCUUCUGUCUGAUUUAACAAGUUAUCUUCUCAACAAACGUAGAUAACAUUCUGAACACAAGAGAUUCUGCAGGUGCUGGAAAUCCAGAGCAACACACAAAACGCUGGAGGAACUCAGCAGGACAAGCAGCAUCUAUGGAGAGAUAUAAACAGUCGAUGUUUCAGGCCAAGACCUUUAAUCAGGACAGGAAUGGAAGGGAGAAGAAGAUGGGAGGAAGUGAAGGGAAGGAAGAUAGGCUUCACCUAUCACCCUUCCAGCUUAUACUCCUUGGGUGAAGGUACAAUUUCUCUUACUCCUGCCACAUUAUUCUGGCUUCUUCCCUCUUCCUUUCUAGUCCUUAUGAAGUGUCUCAGCCCAAAAUAUCAACUUUCUUUUCAUAGAUGCUUCCUGACCUACUGAGUUCCUCCAGCAUUUGGUGAGUGAUGCUCAAGCUAACAUCCUGUCCUGCCACAGGCAGCAUUUUCUGUUUGGUUUCAGCUUUCCAGUAUUGUAUCAUUCUCUUCUGCCAUUCAACUGGCUUCCAGUACAUUUAAAAGUAUUUUCCAGUUCCUCAGUAUCAUUUCGUGAUUCAAGUGAAAGUCAUAUGUUACAGUGUAAUCUAUGAUAUGUUUCAUUUGUUAUGAAUUAUUUAAGAGUUGUAUAUAUAAUAGACAAGGUGUUAAUCAUCACCAGCGUUCACAUUGGCUUCAUAGUCCAAACAAGUGAAACUUGAAAAGGUUUCGAUUAUUAUUUGAAGAGGACAAGUGUUUCAAUUUGAAAAUUAUUUUCUACUACUGUAUUUAGCUCCAUUUCAUGAUUUCCACUUAAAAACGUUCUAUUAAUGGAAGAAACAUUCAGACAAGCCAACAUGACUAUUUUCUGUGGUCCUUCAUUAGACAGGACAGGGUGCCCCCCGGACAGACAACAUGGGCAACAGACAAGGGUUACAGAUCAGCUUCUGGAAUGCAUUGGUUUGCAGAUUUUGAGGAAGAGCAAAAGAAAUUGCUCACGCUUCUUGUGCAGGAGUGUUGACUAUUUUGUCUGCUAACCCUUCUGCCCCCUUGAUUGUAAAUGCUUCAGUGCUACUUGCAGAGGGAGCUUGUACCGCAUUCCCACCACUCUUUGGGUAAAGUAGUUUAUUCUGAUUUGUUUAUUGGAUUCCUUGGUGUCAUAUCUCACAGUAACAGCCUCUAAUUAGAGUCUAUCCCUCAUCAAGUGGAAAUACAUUUGCUGCAGAGGCUCAGUCAAAACCUCUCUUCCCAUUAAAGGCUUCUAUUACGCUAUUCCUCAGCCUCAUUUUAGUCACCGACAUGGAUAUAAACAUCUUGAACAGCAGGAUUACAUUAAAAUGUUCCAACAGAUAAAAUGCAUUCAAUGCACAUUUCCCAUUAGGUGAGCCAUUGGGAAUUAUUGCAACCUGUUCAGUUGGUUUUUUUAGGGACAAAAUACAGGCUCAUUCAUUUGUAUAGUGAAAGCUCAUUUACCAUCAUUUCAAAGGCAAUGAUGGCCUAACUGCACAAAGUGUUUUGUUGGCCUUUUCUAUGUCUUUUUUUUAUACAUUAAUAUUUAAAGAACAUCCCAUUAAGUGAGAAUUACUUCACUAAUCUGACAGCAUUGCAUUGGCUGUUUUAAGGAAUAAUGUUAGAUUUAUUUCAUGACAAUCUCAAAUUUUGAUCCUCAAAGAUGCUUCUGCCAUUUGAAUUCAAGAGGUUUAGCUGGUGACCAUUAAUUUAAUAUCAGUGUACAUCCCAAUAGCAGAAAACAAUUCCCUUUGCAUCAGGGCUAGUCAAAAAAUCACAAAGGAACCAAUGUGAAGUCUAAUUCUAAACAGUUAGUGUAAAUUAAUCUUAAUGUUUAUAAUUGCUGGGUAUAUUUAAUACAAACCUGCUUCCCUCAUACAGUUGAUCUGUGACCUUAACCUUAUUUGUCUUUCCCUCAUGCUCCUUAUGAGAUGAGAUGACAGAUGACUGUUGAUUUGUUUGGGUGCAAAGUGACCCAUCGGCCUGCAACACUAUCCACCCCCCAUGUUAAACUAAAGCACAUUGGUACGACAAAGACCAGUGCAGCGUCAAUAAAUGUUGCCACUGUGAGUAAAUAAGAUAAUAUGUAAAUUUUCAUAAAGUUCCAAGGGAAGUAUGUUGACAAAGGUCAUUUGCAUGCUGUCUGUGUUGAUGUGUUUUUAUAAUAAUUGCUAAAUUUCUGUUCUAACCACUGAACUCAGACUGCUCCAUGGAUGUUUUUUGCUAAAUUCUGUUACCUCAGGCUUGUAUCAAGUUGCUUUUUUUUGUCAGCUUCUUACAUUGAUGGUGCAGUCUUCAUUUAUUCAGUCAAAUAAAUUGCUGUUAGAAACGUGUU